AUGCAGGUAAACAUAACACUUCCGCUUAAGUGGGCUCAAUGCGGAGGCUACAUCAUGAUUUUGAUUCUAGUAAAUGUGAUGAUGAUUUUCCCGCUCUCUGGUUUCCUGUUUCACGAUUUUUACUCUCGAAUGAUCCCUUCUGACUCAACGAGGACAGUGCUUUUCUCUGAGGGCAGGACGGAAAGGGGAAGUUGGUCAGGGAAAUCUACGUUUCAUUUCGCAUUUCAACGGCAUUCUACAGACACGACAGUACUACCACAGAUUGAGGCUAACGGUUUCGCGCAAAACGUUCCACUUCGGGCUGAUAUCCCUUAUAAUAUGAACCUUGAUCUCGACAUCUUCUGUCUGAACAAAGUUACCGACCUUUGCUUGAAAGAUGGGGAAAUUACAAUUUCAGUAAAUAGGCCUGGAGAUUAUUUGGGAAAGACCUUGUUUCGAAGAACUCUAUUACUCAGCUGCGCUAAUACAAGAGAUAUUCCAAAUAUGGGCGGAACCGGUAGAUUGUCGUUGACAUUUGCUCAAAAAGUGCAGAAAGAGCUGGUAAACUCUUUCCAUUUCGAGAAUCCCAUUGAAAUCGACCACCAAUUAAAAAGCUUAGACAUAACCCUCAAAUUGGCCGGAAAUGCCAACAUUAUCAUCGAUCCAAAUCGUUCCUUCCUCACGUUUUCCAUGAACUUCGAUCACAGUCUGAGAAAUUUGAUGAUUAGAUGGAGGAAGCUCGCUUAUGUUUUCGGAACGCUCAUCUUCAAUGCCAUAAUUUCCUUCUUCUUCUUGACAGCCUUCGCCAUAAGCUUCUUUCGUGCAGGUCACGCAAAAAGUAUCAAAGUGGACUGA